CCCAUUGUACCCCAUUUCACCCCACCCCACCCCAUUUUCACCCCAUAUCCCACCCCGUAUCCCGCAGGAUGCGGCGGGGGGGCUGGCAGUGGCUGUUCCUGGCCGCGCUGUGCCUGGCAGGGGGCUCCCCUCCCCCCCCCCCCGAGCGGGGGUCUCGCCGGGACCUUCCGGGGGUCCCCCACGAUGACACCCACGGCUUCUCCUACGACCACGACGCCUUCCUGGGCCCCGAGGAGGCGCGAGCCUUCCAGCAGCUGCAGCCCGAGGAGAGCCGCCGCCGUUUGGGGCUGCUGGUGGGGCUGAUCGAUGCGGACGGCGACGCGGCGGUGACGGAGGCGGAGCUGCAGGCGUGGAUCGAAAGGACCAGGAGGAGAUCGAGGGAGGAGAGCCUGAAACGGGGCCUGCAGCGAUACGACACCAACGGGGACGGGGCUGUGGGGUGGGACGAGUAUCGGGACGAGGCCUACGGACCGCCGGGCUCGGAUUUCGGGGCGCUGGAGGACGCCCAGACGUACGCCCGCAUGGCGGCCCGCGACGAGCGCCGCUUCCGCGCCGCCGACCGCGACGGGGACAUGGCGGCCACCGCGGCCGAGCUGGGCGCCUUCCUGCACCCCGAGGACUUCGAGCACAUGCAGGACGUCGUGGCCAUGGAGACAAUAGAGGACAUGGACAAGGAUGGGGACGGCUUCAUCCAGCUGGAGGAGUACAUCGGUGAGGGGGGCACCGCCACCCCAACCCCACGUCCGUGUCCCCAACCCCACGUCCCUCCCUGUCCCAUCCUGAGUCCC